AGGGCGCGUUGCCGCCGCCGCCGCCGCCGAGUGGGUGGGGACGGGGAGGCUGGCUGGCUGGCUGGCAGGGCACGAUCUCCUUCCUGUUUGGCUCGGCUUCCUCCGGCGGCGGCGGGGAUGCCGCGCGGAAUGGCCAGGCGCCCGGUUCUCGCCAAGAGAUGAAAGGCAGCCAAGAGGAGAAGCCGGAGCCGGCCGCUUCUGCCGCCGCCGCCCCUUCCCCUCUGCUCCGGCUGCUUUCCGCCCUCUUCUACGGGAUCUGCUCUUUCUGCAUCGUCCUGGUCAACAAGGCGGUGCUGACGGCUUACAGAUUCCCAUCUCCAAUGUUCCUUGGAGUAGGACAGAUGGUAACCACUAUUCUGAUCUUAUAUGUGUCAAAACUGAAUAGAAUCAUUCACUUCCCCGAUUUUGAUAAGAGUAUUCCUAUGAAGCUGUUUCCACUUCCUCUGAUUUACGUCGGGAAUCACAUAAGUGGAUUAUCAAGUACAAGCAAGUUAAGUUUGCCAAUGUUUACAGUCCUUAGGAAGUUUACCAUUCCUCUUACAUUACUGCUGGAAGUGAUUGUUCUUGGGAAGCGCUAUUCACUGAGCAUUGUAAUUAGUGUGUUCGCAAUCAUCCUUGGAGCUUUCAUAGCAGCAGGAUCAGAUCUAGCUUUCAGCAUGGAAGGCUAUGCCUCUGUGUUGCUGAACGAUGUCUUCACAGCAGCAAACGGUGUUUACACAAAACAAAAAAUUGACCCCAAGGAGCUGGGAAAAUAUGGAGUCAUUUUUUAUAAUGCCUGUUUUAUGGUAAUUCCUACAGUUCUCAUAAGCUUCUUCAGUGGAGACUUCCAACAGGCCACCAACUUCAAGGAGUGGACAAAUGUUUUAUUUAUCUUUCAAUUUCUUCUUUCCUGUGUACUGGGGUUCCUUCUGAUGUAUUCUACAGUCCUCUGCAGCCAUUAUAAUUCUGCCCUCACAACCACAGUGGUUGGCGCUAUAAAGAAUGUGUCCAUCGCUUACAUUGGAAUGCUAAUUGGUGGAGACUAUAUCUUUUCUGUGCUGAACUUCAUAGGGCUCAAUAUCUGCAUGGCAGGAGGACUGAGAUACUCGUUUCUAACCAUACGGGGAAACAACAGUCCUAAGAUCUCCACAGAUGAAGAAAAAGCAUUGCCAGGUGCCAAGAGCUAGCAGAAACAAAAGGAAAGAGAAUCUGGGAAGAUGCAGGAUCCUCUGGAAGUUCAACGCAGAAGUGGCUGAGGAGUGGACGUUCUACCUCAUCUCGCAUUGCGGUCCAGGGCAUCCUUGUGAGACAAGGCAUGAUCUUGGAAAACAGUCAGCCGCAGGCAUGUUUGAUCAUUAUUUAUGUAGCAAGACUAAUUACAAUAGAUGGAUGGGUGGCAGGGUUUGGGAAUUUGCUCCUUCCACUGGAAAUCUUUGCACUGGGUCAAAUCCAGGGGUUUAUUCUGUUGAGGGUGUUGAAUCGCCUUUUCUCCCAGACUGCCUGUAGCUGUGGGUAGACUCCUUGCUUAAAUUUUUGGAAAGGAUUGACCAGAAGAUACAGACUGCAAAAUAUUGUUGUGUUAACAGCCACACAUGUGUGGACUUCGGUUAAGAACUCGACGGCACACAUCUGUCAUGCCCACAUCUUAGCUGCCUCAGUUCAGAGCUUUAGAGAUCUGGGCUGCUUUGUACUGGUUGGAGGAUGGACUUAGACAUGGGUAGGCAAACUAAGGCCGGGGGCCAGAUCCGGCCUAAUCGCCUUCUAAAUCCAGCCCGUGUACAGUCUGGGAAUCAGUGUGUUU